UUGUGCAUUGGAGAACAGUGACAGAGAGGGAGCUGUGUGCCCUGCUCCAUCCCUUUCUAAGCAGCACAUAUUAAAUCCUAUGAGCUGGUGUUUUUUCCCCCCUUUGGAAUAUGAGACUGCUGUGGCUCUAAGCUCCUGGCUGGCUGUGUAUUGCUGUAUGAAGCAUUAGGAAGUGCCGGCCUACCCCACUUUUGCCUAGCUGGUCACCUCCCGAGUGUUGAGUGUCUAAGAGCCGUUGGCUGCACUGGAACGUUUGGCUCUUUCUCUUAGUAACAGCUUUUUACAUUCUGCCUCAAUUCCUCUCCAACCUAAUCACUAGAAACUGCCCCCUCCCCCCAUCAUAUAUCUCCUGGAUUUACCCCCCUUCUCUCCUUGCUGUGUACCCCUUACCCCUCCCCCCCCGCUCACACCAGGGUAAUAACAGCAUAUUACCAGGCUUUGGGCUGUGUAUCAGCUUUGGGAGGGAGCUGCUGCUUUAUUCGCAACAAUAUCAAGAUUUCUCCCUUGAACUUUCAUCACUUGUGUGUAGAGUCCGUGCGUUUUGAUAUUCAAGGUGCUGUUUGGAUGCUGUAUUAUCGUAUGUCAAGUUUGUGAAACGGCCUGUUUUCUCUGGGAAAACCCAUCUUUGCCCUGAACUCAUGGUUUAAGUGGGCAUAAAGAUGAGUAUAAGCAGUGAUGAGGUUAAUUUCCUGGUGUACAGAUAUUUACAAGAAUCGGGAUUUUCCCAUUCAGCAUUUACGUUUGGUAUAGAGAGCCAUAUCAGCCAAUCUAAUAUCAAUGGUGCCCUAGUGCCACCAGCUGCUUUAAUCUCCAUCAUUCAGAAAGGAUUGCAGUACGUGGAGGCAGAAGUUAGCAUUAAUGAGGAUGGCACUCUGUUUGAUGGCAGGCCUAUUGAGUCUCUGUCACUGAUUGAUGCGGUUAUGCCUGAUGUGGUGCAAACAAGGCAGCAGGCAUACAGAGACAAACUUGCACAGCAACAAGCUGCGGCUGCUGCUGCUGCCGCCGCCGCUGCUGCCGCAGCUGCUACAGCAAACAACCAACAGCCAUCCACAAAGAAUGGCGAAAAUGCAGCUAACGGGGAGGAGAAUGGAGGACAUGCACUAGCAAAUAAUCACACUGAUAUGAUGGAAGUUGAUGGAGAUGUUGAAAUUCCAUCAAGCAAAGCGGUGGUAUUACGUGGGCAUGAAUCAGAAGUAUUUAUUUGUGCAUGGAACCCAGUUAGUGAUCUGUUGGCCUCAGGGUCAGGAGAUUCUACGGCCAGAAUAUGGAAUCUUAGUGAAAAUAGCACUAGUGGUUCAACACAACUUGUUCUUCGACACUGUAUACGAGAAGGGGGACAAGACGUUCCAAGCAACAAAGAUGUAACCUCAUUAGAUUGGAAUAGUGAAGGAACACUUCUAGCAACGGGAUCGUAUGAUGGUUUUGCCAGAAUAUGGACUAAAGAUGGAAAUCUCGCAAGCACCUUGGGGCAACACAAGGGACCCAUAUUUGCCUUGAAAUGGAACAAGAAAGGAAAUUUCAUUCUAAGUGCAGGAGUAGACAAGACCACAAUUAUCUGGGAUGCACACACUGGGGAGGCAAAGCAGCAGUUUCCCUUUCAUUCUGCACCUGCAUUAGAUGUGGACUGGCAAAGUAACAAUACAUUUGCAUCAUGCAGUACAGAUAUGUGCAUCCAUGUCUGUAAAUUGGGGCAGGAUAGGCCGAUAAAGACAUUCCAGGGACACACUAAUGAAGUGAAUGCAAUAAAAUGGGAUCCUACUGGCAACCUUCUUGCAUCCUGUUCUGAUGAUAUGACAUUAAAGAUCUGGAGUAUGAAGCAAGACAGUUGUGUUCACGAUUUGCAAGCACACAACAAAGAAAUUUACACCAUUAAAUGGAGCCCCACUGGGCCGGGAACAAAUAAUCCAAAUGCUAAUCUCAUGUUAGCAAGUGCGUCAUUUGAUUCUACUGUUAGAUUGUGGGAUGUAGACAGAGGAAUCUGCAUUCACACGCUGACUAAACAUCAGGAGCCUGUGUACAGUGUAGCCUUUAGCCCUGAUGGCCGAUACCUCGCCAGUGGUUCAUUUGACAAAUGUGUACACAUCUGGAAUACACAGACGGGUGCAUUAGUUCACAGCUAUCGAGGUACAGGUGGAAUAUUUGAGGUUUGUUGGAAUGCAGCGGGUGACAAAGUUGGAGCAAGUGCGUCAGAUGGUUCAGUUUGUGUAUUAGACCUACGAAAAUAGCGCUACUGGUUGGAAGCCAUGGACCGACUAUGAAUGUGUACAUAGCCAAAAUGACUGUCCCUGACCCAUGUACUGCUAUAGUCCCACUUAACCAUGGCCAGUCCACUACAGCCAAACCGAAAUUAACCAUUAUACAUUCAUAUUUAAAAUUGGAAAGAAAUCCCUGCAAAAUGUUGCACCUCAAAGAGGACAAAGGUUUUAUGUCACGACUGGUAAAUAUCUGUGCACUUGGAAUCCUUUCUUCUGACGGAUAUCUGAAAAGACAGAAAUAAAGGAUUGGACACGCACAGGCAGAGAACUUAAAUGUACCAAAUUGGAAGAUGGUGGUCAAAAACACAAUCAACAUUUUUAUUUCCAUCCUGAAUUCCAGUCUUCAUGGUGGUGUUUUUAUAGAUUUUAUUUUAUUUUUUUCCCUUUUUAUCAACCAUUUCGCCUGUACAGAGAACAUGGGCUAUUUUACUUGAGCAAUAGUAUGUUCUUGGCUUUAAAACAUGUUUUGUGGGUGUGGAGAGAAUUAUCUGAUGACUGCAUAGAAUUACCCCUUUACCCUUCUCAUUUGUAACUUUAUUUUCUUAAGAAAACCGUAAUUCAGUCUUUGAACAGAAAAAGAGAAAUGGCAUUGAUUUGGUACACAGUUGUGUGUCGCUUAAGUUGCUUGUAGUAGUUUAAGGGCACAUUCAAAAAGGAAAAAAAGCAACAAAAAACGUUCUAGAUAAACUGCUGUUUUAUAGCUGAAUGUUUAUUUGGGACAUAAUUCUGUCAAACCUGAAGGGCACACAAAGGAAGAUCAGACAGCAGACACUAGUGUCUUUGUUUCACUUAGACCAUAAACCUAUUAUGGUUUACUUGUGCACUACUGUAAUAGGAGCAAAAUACAAUUUUUAAUAUAUUUUUGGGGGAGGGGCAGGGGGGCUUUUUUUUGUUUGUUUUUUUUCCUCAAUACUUAGAAGAGACUUUUUAAUCUUUGCCAUUGGAGUGAUCCUUUUAAAGGAUUACUGGUGAAAUACUUAUUAUCCAUAUCAUUUAAAUAUGGAGCAAGUCCACUUUCUCUUGGAAACUGAGUGUAACCAAAUUACAGUGUUCAAAAGUAUCUUUUAACAUGGUCUCCUAUCGCAGAAGAACAUCCCAGUAUUUGCCCCUAUUGAUUAAUGUAGAUGAUAUACCAUGCUGUUCACCAAUCUAGAUUGAACCCGUCUUUGUAGCAAUUUUAAGACCUCAAACUUUCAUUUUAAUCAGUUCUUUUAGCCUUCUACUAUGUAUACUCCUGCAGGCAGCACAAAUCAUUUGUAAAGUUUGUUGAGUUUUCAGCAAUACUUUUUCUUUUUGUCUUUGUCUUUCUUUUAAACUGUAAACGUUCUAUGCUGCUAUUCAGAUUUGUAUCAAUGCCUUUUUUCCUUAAAGUUUUAUAAAUAUUUUUGGAAAUAAAAAAAAAAAAAAAUCCUUCCCACCAUUGUGAUUCAAGCUCCAUAGCGCUUACUUGUGUUGCCCUUUGUUAUAUUGUCUGCGGGUGGACUUGUUUUAAGGUUGGUUUUAAGAGAGGAAAUCAAGCACACAGACUAUUCACAUUAACCCUGGUGUGAAAUGAUAUAUACACAAAAAACAUUCAAACUGUUGUUGUGCUUAAAGGAACACUGUAGGCACCACAACUACUUUAACCACUUAUUGAAGAUGUUAUGGUGCACUGUGUCCCACAUUGCCUCAAAACUGAUUACUCACCUUUUAGUAGAAAUUGUUGUUCCACUCCAUCUUGGAGCCUGAUGAUAAUAUAGCCGAGGUAGUGCUCCAUUUCAUGCAAUACCAGGGGUAAUUGUUCUCUGCAACUCGAUUCCUAAAUCCCUGGCAUGAAUUGGUAUGGAUUGAAGUGGAAACAUAGCCACUAAAUGGCAACACAUUGUCAUUGAAAACCUACCUUCAGACUGCUUGGGACUGAGAAUCUCUACUAAACUAUGAACAACUAUGUUAAGUAGUGAAGUGGUACCUGGAACCUGUGGAUUCCAUGCAUCAUAAGCACUUCAAUCUGGUCCUUACAGUGUCUCUUUAAGUUUUAUUUUUGACUAUACUUGCCAGGUCCAUUAAUUAUGCCUUAGAACAGAUGUCUAACAGUAUUUGUGGUAACAAGAAUGGUUUUAGAGUAAAACAAAAAGGCAUAAGUAAUCCCUCAUACCAUAAUAGUGUGUUUGUUUUCUCCCUUUAUUUUAAAUAGUGAAACAGAAAACUGCAGAUACCUCAUUCAGGAAAUGAGUGAUGAGCUUCUAACUUGAAAUAGGAGUUACUAUUGGAUUAGGAGUCGCUGAUGUUUGACUGUGAAAUAAGCCAAAUGGAAUUCUGCAACAAUGAGUUUUAACAAAACUGAAAUUCCCCCCUCGAUUUUGUGAAUAUUACAAAUGCCACCAUUGAGAGAGAUGCUCUGUGAAGAAAUCUAAAAUAAUUCUUAAUUCAGUAACAUUGUGCAUAUUUUUCUUUUCUUUUCAAUGAAUAAACAUAACUUGCAUUUUA